AUGCUAAGACAAGCCAUAAGAAGGGCUUCAACUCUACCUAAACAUGCACUAGAACCGGCAUUUGGUCCCGGUGACAAACUAGCGGCCAAGGCUUUCAAGGAAACCGCAGAAAACACCCACCACCAUGCCAAGGAGACUUCCGGUCUGUGGCUAAAAAUUUCCAUGUUUGUGGCUGCUCCAGCUAUUGCUUUGGCCGCUGUUAACACUUACUUCGUGGAAGCAGCUCACGCCGAACACCGCAGUCACUUGAAGCACGUUCCUGACUCUGAAUGGCCCAAAAACUAUGACUACCAAAACAUCAGAACCAAGCCAUUUUUCUGGGGUGACGGUGACAAGACUUUGUUCUGGAACCCAAUCGUCAACAGACACAUCAGCGACGAGUAA